AUAUCCUUCUACUGCUAUUCCUUCGCUUCAUUCUUUGCAUGGGUGCCACAUAAUCACCACAGCCCUACAAGAUGGCCACCUUCGGUGCACGCCUCGAGCAAACACUCUCACGACCCACAGCCAAGCCAUACCGAUCGGGCAAAAUCACGGACACUCAAGUCCACCUCAACGAGAGAGGCAAUGUUGACUUCGGCCCGGACGACAUCGAGAACCCGAAGAACUGGAGUACAGGACGGCGGUGGUACAUUACCGUCGUGGCAAUCCUGUUGACCACCAACGCCACUUUCGCUAGCAGUUCUCCUUCCGCCAACGUUGUUGGCAUCUCGGAGGAGUUUGGAAUCACAGCCCUUACGGCAAAUCUAGUCACGACGCUGUUUCUGCUUGGCUAUUGCUUCGGUCCACUAUUCUGGGCUCCCUUGAGUGAAUACUAUGGGCGACGAUUCGUUUUCUACAUCAGCUUUAUAAUAUAUGCUGCCUUCAACUUCUUGGGAGCAUUCACACCAACAUUCGCGGGUUUACUGAUCGGAAGAUUCAUUACUGGUGUCGCGGCGUCGUGCCCUCUAAGCAAUGCACCCGGAGUGCUUGCAGAUCUGUGGCCGCCUAUAGAGAGAGGUAACGCAAUGGUGGUUUUCAGCAUCAUGACUGUGGCCGGUCCAGCCUCUGGACCUGUUGUGGCUGGUUUUCUCGAGCUUACGGAGAACUGGCGAUGGACGUUCUACGUUCUCCUCUGGCUAUCGGUACCUACUCUCAUUCUCAUGUUCACCAUUCCCGAAACGCUGCCAUCCAAAGUCCUCACAAACAAGGCGAGGCGUAUACGCGCGGCGAAGAUCCCUGGCUACGAAAAUGUGCAGUCCGAUGUCGAGGCCGCCAAUCAAAGCCUCAAAUCCAUAUUCCGAAUCGCAUUGACACGGCCGUGGCGGAUCCUCAUCGACCCGAUCUCGCUCCUGCUUGCCAUAUACCUGAGCGUGGUAUAUGCGCUCAUCUACAUGUUGUUCACAAUCUACCCGAUUGUGUUUCAAGAGAAGCGCGGAUGGAAUUCCGGCGUGGGUUCCUUGCCACUCAUCGGGCAGCUCGUUGGAGCUCUGGUCGCCGGAGCAAUGGUAUUCUACGAAUCGACCCUGGCUAGGAAGAAGAUGAUGGCAGGCGUUGCAAGGACUCCAGAAGACAGAAUGCCGCUGGCGAUGAUUGGUGGCAUCGGAUUUCCAGUCACCAUGUUCUGGUUCGCCUGGAGCGCGAACUAUAACAGCAUCCACUGGGCGGUUCCAACUUUGGGUGGCACUUUCUUGGCCACGAGCACAGUCCUGCUCUUUGUGGCGUGUCUGAACUACCUCAGUGACACAUAUCUCAUCUACGCGGCUUCAGCGGUCGCCGCGAACACAGUGUGUCGAUCCCUUUUCGGAGCAAUAUCACCGCUCUUUACGAAAGCCAUGUUCGAUGCUCUAGGUGUUGGCGGUGCUGGCAGCUUGAUUGGAGGCAUAGCAUGUCUGCUGGCACCUCUGCCGUUCAUUUUCUUCAAGUACGGAGCCAGGAUUCGCGAGCGAUCGAAAUUUGCACCCACCGAAGAACUCAAACCAACAGCAAGCGAUGGCAGCAGUAACGACGACGUUGCGCAGACGAAACGUGACAGCUUUGAUGCCGAGGCAGAGCUCGACGAGCAGGUUGGUCUGCCAAUGCAGCGGAUCGAGAAGGGAGGUUCGCGGAGUAGCGAUGCGCUGGAUCAGUCUGGGGACCCUUAUCUGGAUGCUGAUGGCAUAGAGAAAGCGGAGCGGCUGAACAGUACUGGCGGGAGAUGA